GAAACUCAUACGCUUGGGAGAAUUCAACGUUAAAACCGAGCCAGACUGUAUUGAGGAGCCAGACUAUCUGAACUGCGCGGACGCCGCAUUGGACAUUGGCUAUGAUCGGAUUUUCGUACAUCCCGAAUAUAAUGAGCACUCUUUCAGCAAAUUCCACGACGUUGCCUUAGUACGACUAAAGCAUCCGGUGUCCUUUACACAUUUCGUAAUGCCCAUUUGCCUGCCAAGUGAAACGGACGAAAGUCCAUUUAAAGAGGGCGAAACGUUUUCGGUGUCUGGCUGGGGACGCACCGAUUUAUUCAAUAAGUACUUCCGCAACAUUCACAGUCCCAUUAAACUGAAGCUCCGAAUUCCAUAUGUGCAACGUGACAAAUGCACCGACAUUUUGUCAAAAUUUGGCAUCGAACUGGGCCCGAAACAGGUAUGCGCUGGUGGCGAGUUCGCUAAGGAUACAUGCGCCGGCGACAGUGGUGCUCCGCUAAUGUAUUUUGAUCGCAAAUUCUCCCGUUGGGUUGCCUACGGCGUGGUGAGUUACGGAUUCACGCGCUGCGGUAUGGCCGGCCAUCCGGCCGUAUACACGGAUAUCUCUGCAUACCUCGAUUGGAUACAUGGUAUAGUGACAGCCAAAUGAAAAAAGUUACAUAUUUACAUACAUACAUAUGUAGAUAUAGAAGUACAUACACUUGUAGUUAAAUUAGAGGAUUCGAUUUGUACAU